AUGGAGCAACAAUCCGUCGUGUCUGCGACUCGGAACCAGCAGGACCUGAUCGGGAGACGCAGCGCUAUCGAUGAAAGGAUCGCUUCAGAAAUUCAAAGUGCAACCACACACUUACAGAGUCUCAAGAAAGUGUUGGGAUGCGUUGAGACGCAGCACAGAGAGGUGCUCGGCCUCGAUGACCAGAUUCGGCGGAUGGAAGAACAGCGAGACCGUGAACAGUCGGGAUGUAUCUCUCUUCUUGCUCUCACCGAUCGCGACCUGCAACGCAGCUUCGGGAUUGUGGUUCGCGAGGAUGAUUAUGACUGGCUAGCCUUUCCAACUGACGUUCAUCCAUUGCCAGCCGAUUUCAAGCUCGAAGUCUCUGAAAUCAUGAAUAAAUACGCCUAUGAUCACUCAAACAUCGAUCAAUACAGCCCGCUCGGUUGGAUUCUUCUACAGAUUGCCCACGCAGUGAACACCGUCCUGGGGGUCAAGACCGGCAUGAUGAAUCUCGCGCACAACACGGACCUGCUGCAUACCUUUGCGCAACACAAGAGCAUGACUCUUGCUGGCCGGGCGGACUACACCCUCUGGUACCGCGACCCGGAAAUCGCUCGCAUCCAUCUGGUGGUGGUCGAGGCCGAUCCCGACAAGCCGGAAAAGCAGGCAGAGACGCGGGCUAUAGCUUACAUGCUCAUGGUUCAAGAAUCCCGUUGGCAGGCCUGCGACAUGCUUGCCGUGGUCUACGGCCUUGUCCACGAUGAGAACAGCCGUACCUUGACAUUCCUCCGUCUGGACACCACAAGAAAGAUCCAACGCACGACCGAACGUUGGGAAUUCUUUUCUUCAACCAGGGACUUCGCCAUCACAUCAAUUCUGUGGAAUAUCUUCAGGGAGGCGCGGAUGUAUGAGGAUAGCUCGAUGGAUCCAGACUACGAGGAUAGUCUCCGGGACCCAGACUUUGAGGGUUCUUCCACUUGCACCGGGAGGGAUAAGGAGGACCUGACCUUAAGUGACUGCUGA